AUGGCCCUGGAUUCCAGUGCAACCAACAUUGAAUUGGACUAUGACAUUGAUAUUGAGGUGACCGUGUCAGAUAUCGCAGUGAUAAAUGAUCUGAAGAACCUUCUUGCAACAACACCAUUCCCAUAUCCACUCAGUAAUGCCAUUGAAAUAAUUGGAGUGAACUUAACAACAGUUUGCUACCCGAAUGGCCCUGGAUUCCAGUGCAAGUGUGAAGAACAGUUUGCCUGGUCGUACGACAGUUGUGUUGCAUACACCCCUUGUGAUGACAUCAUUCAAGGCACAUGCAGAUGCAUCAAUGGAAUACCGUCUGAUGGACAGUUUUGCGAAUUUUGCGAACCACAACCACGUUUUGUAACAAACAGUACCACACCAACAGCUACUACAACAGCUGGUUCUAUAGCAAGCAGCACCACGUCAACACCUAAUACAACAGCUGAUUUUGUAACAAGCAGCUUCACUUCAACACGUAAUACAACAAUUGGUUCUAUAGCAAGCAGCACCACUUCAACACCUAAUACAACAGCUGGUUCUGUAACAAGCAACUUCACUUCAACACCUAAUACAACAUCUGGUUCUGUAACAAGCAGCUUCACUUCAACACCUAAUACAACAUCUGGUUCUAUAGCAAGCAGCACCACGUCAACACCUAAUACAACAGCUGAUUUUGUAACAAGCAGCUUCACUUCAACACGUAAUACAACAAUUGGUUCUAUAGCAAGCAGCACCACUUCAACACCUAAUACAACAGCUGGUUCUAUAGCAAGCAGCAUCACUUCAGCACCUAAUACAACAGCUGGUUCUGUAACAAGCAGCACCACUUCAACACCUAAUACCACGGCUGGUUUUGCAACAAAUAGCACCACUUCAGCAGCUAAUAGAACGAUUGGUUCCAUAAGAAACAGCACCACUCCAGCAGCUAAAAGACCAACUGGUUCCAUAAGAAACAGCACCACUCCAGCAGCUAAAAGACCAACUGGUUCCAUAAGAAACAGCACCACUCCAGCAGCUAAAAGACCAACUGGUUCCAUAAGAAACAGCACCACUCCAGCAGCUAAAAGACCAACUGCUUCACCAAUAGCAACACCGAUUCCAACCACAUCAGCAUCUGUUUCUCCCGUGACCCCAAGUCCAAAUACCGAAUUUACACUGCUGAUGUCAUUUAAAAUUCUACUCACCUUUGACCAAGAUUUGGCUAAUUCAUCAAGCUCAAAAUUCAAAACAUUAAAAAAAGACAUAGAUGCAAUUCUCACAAAAAAUUACCAAAAUUUAAAUGGUUUUGUUGCAGUCUAUGUCCUUCGCUUCAGGAGUGGCAGUGUGAUUACAGACUUUGUACUGCAGACAAACAGUGUGAAUUCCAAUGAAAUUGCCACAUCGAACAGUAAGGUUGCAGUGGCUCUUCAGGCCCAGAAUUACAGUGUUGACCCAAGUUCCUUCAGUGGAGUUAUUGAAGGAAAUCAGCCUUUUAUUAAGAACUAUGAUAUUAUAUAUCCUGGUACCACUUUGCAGCUGACUUGUGUGGUUCCAGCAACUAUGCAAAUGGGAUCUGGGUCAUGGUCUGUGAAUGGUCUGCCGGUGUCAAACAAUGCAAAGUAUUCAAUCACCAAUUCACCUCCCACACUGACUAUUCAGGACAUGAGCAUUGAUGACGACGGAAUAUACAUGUUCACAAUGACUCAGUCAAUCUUCACAUUUACCCACAAGGAAUCCAUUUCAGUGACAGAUGUCAUUCCUCCCAUUAUUCAGCUGAACAUGUUAGCAACUAAUGUUCCAUGUGGAGCAAAUGAAAAUAUCCCACUGACCUGCUGUGUUACAUACUACCUACUUAAAAAUGUUACCGCAAAAUGGAUGGACGGUUCUGUCGAAAUACCCUCUGUACAGACCAUUACAAACAUGCUGUGUGUCAGUGUUGCAUACCCAGUACCAAAGCAGUGCGAUACAAAGCAACUGACAUGCCAAGUGAUGGUCAGGAAAGCAUCUACAACUCAAACAUUCACAGAUGAUGUAACAAUAAUGUUUUUCAGUGGAGCGCCUGCCUGUAAUGACAUAACAUACGGUGCUGGUAUGAAUGGAAAUACGUCUACGGUUCUUUGCCCAGCAAGUUUUACAGGAAACAGGACUGUAGUUUGUGAAAAUGGGAUUUGGAAUCUUCAGGAGGACAACUGUGUCUUCAGCCCAAUAGUGACACUAUCAUUGUUUUCUCAGAAUCUGAGUUCAACUAAUGUGUCGUCAUUUGUGAGUGACCUUAAGACAACCACUACCGAUUUUAAAUCAAACAUAACACAGUCAUCAGCCACCGUUUCCUCUAUUGUGAACAUACUUGGCAAUGUUGCAAAAGUUGCACAAAAUUUAAGCAAAACUUCAAUGCAGGAUGUUUUGGAAACAGUAUCAGUUUUGGUGUCACCCCAAACUGAGCAAUCGUGGGCAGGACUGAACAGUAACAACAGAACCCAAAGCACAAGCUCUGCUUUACUGGAGUCAAUAGAAAAUAUUACACACAGUCUAUCAAGCAAUUCCUUUACAAUAAUUACAGCAAACAUUCAGUUAAUCAAAACAACAUUAACCUUCCCUUUCAAUGAAGCCAUGAAUUCAUCUCAGAUAUUCAUCCCAAGUCAAGGUCUUCCCAACAACACGAGUAUCACAACAAUCGUCUUUACGACUCUUGAGUUUGUCUUACCUCCUAGGACCACUGAAAACAGUACGAACAACUCUAUCAAUGGAGUUGUCAUGUUAGCCUAUAUAAACGAAACCAUUAAUAAUGUUUCAAUGACAUUUGAUAAAACAAACAAAACAAAGGGAAACAACCAGUGUAUGUUUUGGAACUUCAAAGUUUUUAAUGGCUCCGGAGGCUGGGACUCAACUGGAUGUCAACUGCAAUCUGAAACGAAUGACAGUGUCACCUGUUCCUGUAACCACCUGACUUCCUUUUCGAUAUUAAUGUCACCUUUCGUACCUGAAUCCAUUGAGGUUGCUCUGAAUUACAUCACUUACAUUGGAGUCAGCAUAUCAAUGGGAUCCCUGGUCUUAUGCCUUAUAAUUGAAGCAUUUGUGUGGAGUGUUGUCACUAAGAACAGCACGUCACACAUGCGACACGUCACUAUAGUGAACAUUGCUCUGUCUCUGCUGAUUGCUAACAUAUGGUUCAUCAUUGGAGCAGCUGUGUCAAAUGUAGGCCAGUCCACACCGAAGAAUGCAUGCAGUGCUGCAACCUUCUUCAUUCACCUCUUUUAUCUUGCCUUGUUCUUCUGGAUGCUGAUCUCGGCCCUCUUCCUCUUCUACCGUACCAUGAUGGUUUUCUCCCACAUGUCAAAGCGCACUAUGAUGGCCAUUUCCUUCACAGUGGGCUACGGGGCACCACUCAUCAUUGCCAUAAUCACCAUUGCAGUCACUGCCCCCAAAAAUGGCUACUUCAGGCAAGAUGAUGCAUGUUGGUUGAACUGGUACCAGACUAAAGCCCUCCUGGCAUUUGUGAUUCCAGCCUUGACCAUCGUCGCUGUGAACCUGCUCAUUCUAAUCGUGAUUCUGGUUAAAGUACUGAUGAGGGGUGUUGGUGAGACCCGUCAGUCUGAGGAGAAGAAUGCUCUGGUGGUCAUCGCAAGGUGUGUCGCUGUUUUGACUCCCAUCUUUGGCAUCACCUGGGGACUUGGCAUAGGGACCAUGGUGGCACCUGCAAAUCCUGGAGUCCACAUUACAUUUGCGAUCUUGAAUUCACUUCAGGGGUUCUUCAUUUUAGUAUUUGGGACUCUUUUAGACAGCAAAGUUCGAUCAGCAGUUGUGGGAAGAUUUUCAUUUUUGCCUUCAUUAUCUAGCCGAACAAGAAGCACAAGUGCUGGUCCAACUUUGUCCUCAUUGGCUGAACGUUUUAGGCGAAGGAGACAAAAUGGUUAUGCCUCAGAUUCUUCAACAAGUCUGAGGGCGUCUGAGGCAUUUAUGAGCGCUUAGCUGCCUGGCUUGUCAAUUGAUGGUGUGAAUAUUUCUCAGAAAUAAAAACAGCUAAAUGGUUUUACAAAAAAUAAUAGAUAAUAGGUAAAAAAAAAAAUAAUAACAUUUAACAUAUAACAUAAAAGGAUUUUUUGAUUUUUUUUCCCUACCAGCUUUUAAUUAAAUAGGAUUUUAUAUGGGUUUUGGUUUUUAUUACUUGCAAGUCAGUUACAAAUUUCUCUUUUCUGUGAACACAAACAUUAUUCAAUCACUUAUUUUUUAGCAGCGAUGUUAUUCUGCAUAGAUUUUUUAAAUGGCAAAAAAAAAACGGUUUGAUGAAGUACAAUGAAAUAUGUAUAAUUCUGCCUUGUUCAUCUCAUUGCGGUCAUUAUUCAGCAUAUUUUAAUAGUGCAAUAUAAUUUCAAUAAUAUAAGCAAUUUUCUUUUUCAUAUUUUUCCCUGUGUAACAUUAUGCAUAAUAAAAUUAUUACCAUUCAA